UUGUCUAUUUUUGUCAUAAAUUAUCUAUUAUUUUACCACGCGAAAUAGACACAUUGUUUUCGCUCUACACGACGGGUUGUCUAUUCACCUGACAUUAUCAAGAUGCAUGUGCUGCUUCUUAAGGAGCCUAGAGAUGGAGAGUCUGGACCUGAUCCUUACAUCAAGGAGCUGGCGUCACAUGGCCAUAAAGCCACCCUUAUUCCUGUGCUGUCCUUCAAGUUUGUUUCACUCAACACCUUAUCAGAUACGCUUUUCCAACCAGAGAAAUAUGGAGGUCUUAUAUUUACCAGUCCAAGAGCAGUGGAAGCUGUAAAGAUGUGUUUAGCGACGGAAGAAAGAAGAGCAGAGUGGAACAGUUCUGUGAAAGACAAAUGGAACACUAAGUCCAUCUACGUGGUGGGGAAGGCAACAGCUGCAUUGGUACAAAAUCUAGGUCUGAACCCUGUGGGUGAGGACACAGGGACGGCAGACGUGCUCUCACGCGUGAUAAUUGAACGAGAGGACACAAAUAUUCUGCCACUCUUUUUCCCCUGUGGCUCAAUCAAAAGAGAGGUCUUGCCUACGGCUUUGAGGGAAAACGGAGUGCCUCUAGAGACACUGACUGUCUAUCAAACAGCGGAACAUCCGGAUGUUGAGAAAAAUCUGAAGAACUAUUUCACAGAGCAGGGAACUCCUGCCAGCAUAGCUUUCUUCAGCCCAUCAGGAGUGAAAUUUUGCCUAGAAGUGGUGCGGAGGUUGUCUGGUGAACAACUGGCUCAGAUAAAGUUUGGAGCCAUAGGCCCCACCACGCGAGAUGCAAUGGCAGCAGAAGGCCUGUGUGUCAGCUGUACUGCGGAAAAGCCGACAGCUGAACACCUGGCAGCAGCGAUAGCCAAAGCUCUUCAGUAACCAACCACCACAGAUCGAAUCCCAUCCACUUUGUAUAUUAUUUAUCUAUUUAAUUAUUUGUCUGCUUUACUUAACCUGCUUGUUCAACACUGAGAAAUUAUAAAAGCCAAAAACAUGUAAAUGAAUGUAUUUUCAGUAUUAUGCCAUGUCAAGUUUGCACGGGGAAUGUAGUGUAUAUUUGGGAAAAUAAAGUUUGUUCAUGGUGGUUAUUCA